CAGGCGCGCUGAGCGCCGCGCGGGGUUGGGUGGGCCGGUGGGCGGUGCGCGCUGAGCCCGGGAAAAGCGGGCCAUGGCGUCGCGGCGCGCGGCCUCCCGGCCCGCCCUCCCGCCCCAGGGGCUGAUGGCUGCGGACAGGGGGCGCAGGACGCUGCGACCCUGCGGCAUGCACCCUGACCAUCAGGAGGCCCUCAAGAAGAAUCGCGUGGUGCUGGCCAAGCAGCUGCUGCUGAGUGAGCUGUUAGAACACCUCCUCGAGAAGGACGUCAUCACCCUGGAGAUGAGGGAGCUCAUUCAGGCCAAAGCGGGCAGUUUCAGCCAGAAUGUGGAACUCCUCAACCUGCUACCCAAGAGGGGUCCCCAGGCCUUUGAAGUCUUCUGCGGGGCCCUGCGGGAGACCAAGCAGAGCCACCUGGAGGAGCUGCUGCUCUCCACCCUGGCCGACCUCCCACACCUGCUCCCCCCGGUCCCGAGCCCCAGAAAUCUGAGCUGUGACUACGACCGGAACUUCCCCUUCCCCGUGUGCGAGUCCUGCUCCCCUAACAAACAGCUCCGCCUGUCUCCAGAUGCUGUGGAACACUCCCUAGACAACGGAGACGGUCCGCCCAGCCUGCAGGUGAAGCCUUGCACUCCCGAGUUCUAUCAGACGCACUGGCAGCUGGCCUACAGGCUGCAGUCUCGGCCCCGGGGCUUGGCGCUGGUGCUGAGUAACGUGCACUUCACCGGGGAGAAAGAUCUGGAAUUCCGCUCCGGAGGGGAUGUGGACCAUAGCACCCUCGUCGCCCUCUUCAAGCUCCUGGGCUACAGCGUCCAUGUCCUGCUUGACCAGACUGCACAGGAAAUGCAGGAGAAGCUUCAGAGCUUUGCCCAGCUGCCCGCUCACCGCGUCACUGACUCCUGCAUCGUGGCGCUCCUGUCCCACGGCGUGGAGGGCGGCGUCUACGGCGUGGACGGCAAACUGCUGCAGCUGCACGAGGUGUUCCGGCUCUUCGACAACGCCAACUGCCCGAGCCUCCAGAACAAGCCGAAAAUGUUCUUCGUCCAAGCCUGCCGCGGAGAUGAGACCGACCGCGGGGUGGACCAGCAGGACGGCAAGAGCCGCGCGGUGCCCUCCGGGUGCGAGGAGGAGGAGGAAGGCGACCCGGGCAAGGAGGGCAUGCUCAAGGUGCGGCUGCCCACGCGCUCCGACAUGAUCUGCGGCUACGCCUGCCUCAAAGGCACCGCCGCUAUGCGUAACACCAAGCGCGGCUCGUGGUACGUGGAGGCCCUGCGGCAGGUGUUCUCCGAGCGGGCCUGCGACAUGCACGUGGCCGACAUGCUGGUCCAGGUGAACGCGCUGAUCAAGGAGCGCGAGGGCUACGCCCCGGGCACCGAGUUCCACCGGUGCAAGGAGAUGUCCGAGUACUGCAGCACCCUGUGCCGCCACCUCUACCUGUUCCCAGGCCACCCCCCGACGUGAAGCG